CCAAUUCGGGGCAAAUUCAGGGUAUAUAUCCAGCCGUAUCUCACCUUUUGACUUCCCGAAUAUCCAAAACAUUCUUGCAUAUCCUACUAACUCGUUCAGAGUAAUCACCUCUCUCCCCCCAACCUUUACACAUCACAAUGGCGUCCAACCCUCCCGGAGCUUGCUGUGCCCAGGGCUUCAAGCACGAAGGCACCCCCGUUGGCGAGGUCAAGAAUGUCAAUGGCGUUGACUACUACAUCACCUACCCCAAGGACAACAAGACUCCCGAGAAGGCUGUCCUCUUCCUGAGCGACGUUUUCGGUCUCUUCAACAACGCCAAGCUGCUCGCUGAUGAGUACGCUGCCAAUGGCUACCUUUGCGUUAUCCCCGACCUGUUCAACGGCGACGCCAUCCCCGUCGCUGAGAUGGAGGCCGGAAAAUUCGACAUUGGCGCUUGGUUCCCCAACCACCAGCCUGCCAACGUUGACCCUAUCGUCGAGGCUGCCGUCAAGUACGUCAAGGGUGACUUGGGUGUCAAGAGACUUGCUGCUGUCGGUUACUGCUUCGGUGCCAAGUACGUCUGCCGUUUCAUGAAGGAGGGCAAGGUCGACGUUGGCUUCAACGCCCACCCCUCUUUCGUCACCCACGAGGAGCUCGGCGCUAUUACCGGUCCUCUCUCCAUUGCUGCUUCCGAGAUCGACGCCAUCUUCACCACCGAGCUUCGUCACGAGUCCGAGGGCACCCUGAUCAAGACUGGUCAGCCCUGGCAAAUCAACCUGUUCAGCGGUGUCUCCCACGGUUUCGCUGUUCGUGCCGAUCUUAGCAACAAGCACUUCAAGUGGGCUAAGGAGCAGGCUUUUUGCCAGGCCAUUGCCUGGUUCCGCCAGUACCUGUAA